GCGCGGCUGCCGCCGGCCGAGAGCUGACAGGUGCGGCGGGCCGGGAAGUUGCUGACUAAGCUGGGCCGGGUGGAGCCGGGGCAGCGGCGGCCGAAGGAGGAGGAAGGAGAUACGGCUGUGCUGAGCCUCGGGUCACAGCGUCGGCGCCUCCGAAGGGCUCAUGGGGUCGGCGGCGAGCCACAGCAGCGAGGAGGAGGAGGAGGGCGCCGAGGAAGGCAUGGAGGGGGCGGCCGCCGCGCCUCAGCCCGGCGCUCCCUUCCUGCCCGGCUCUGCUGCCAGUCCGGCGCCGCCGCUGCCCCCGGCCGAGGUGCUGCUGGAGCAGGCCCGGCUGCGAGAAGCCACGGCGCGGCUGCGGGAGGCGGCGCUGCCCGAGUCGCUGGUGUCGCGGCACCACAGCACGCUGGUGCGCUGGCUGGAGGAGCGCCUCAGCCGCGGCGACGAGGCCGUUAGCCUGGAGCAGUUCUGCGAGGUGCUGGAGAGCGUCUCCCGCCUGGCAGCCGGCUCCCGCGGCGAGAGCGAGGAGGCCUUUGCCCAAUUUGAUGCUGAAGGAGAUGGCACUGUAGAUGUGGAGAACAUGCUGGAGGCUCUCAAGAAUUCUAGUGGAGCUAAUCUUCAAGGGGAACUGAGCCAUGUGAUCAGACAGCUGCAGGCUUGUUCUCUGGUGCCAGGCUUCAUUGAUAUCUUUUCGGAGUCGAAGGAGCGCCUGGGGCUGCACGCGGCGAUGAUCCUGCGGUUCCUGCACCGCAACCGCAUCUCCAGCAGCGCCAUCCCCUACCCGCUGCUGGAGUACUUCAACAACCUCUGCACCAUGCGCUCCUCCCUGCUCAAGGACUCUCUGGAGCGGCUUCUCUUGAAAGAGAGAGAAUACCCCAGUGACCUGAAUGGAAAUCAGGAGUCAGACAAACUGAAGUCAGUCACCAAGUGCUACACCCACAUUGAGACCUCAUCCAACUCUGCUGACAUUGACAAGAUGACCAAUGGGGAGACCAGCUCCUUCUGGCAGUCGGACGGCAGCGCACGCUCCCACUGGAUACGUUUGAAGAUGAAGCCAGAUGUUGUUUUGAGACAUCUGUCCAUCGCAGUGGCAGCCAACGACCAGAGCUACAUGCCCCAGCAGGUGACGGUGGCCGUGGGCAGGAGUGCCGGCAGCCUGCAGGAGGUGCGGGACGUGCACAUCCCGAGCAACGUCACCGGCUACGUGACGCUGCUGGAGAACGCCAACAUCAGUCAGAUGUAUGUCCAGAUAAACAUCAAGCGCUGCCUCAGCGAUGGCUGUGACACCAGGAUCCACGGGCUCAGGGCUAUUGGCUAUCAAAGAGUUAAGAAGGUGGGAGUAUCUGUGGGUGAUGCCUCAGCUAUCUGGUACUGGUCUCUGCUCACCUCUCUGGUAACAGCUUCCAUGGAAACCAACCCAGCCUUUGUUCACACCAUUUUACAGAACACCCAGAAAGCCCUGCAGCACAUGCCACCUCUGUCCCUCACACCAGGCUCUACAGACUUCUCAAGUUUCCUAUCUCCAAAUGUUUUGGAAGAAGUUGAUAGCUUCCUUAUCAGAAUAACCAGCUGUUGUACUACUCCAGAGGUUGAACUCACACUGUUGGCCUUUGCCUUAGCCAGAGGGAGUGUCGCUAAAGUGCUGAGUUCCCUUUGCACAAUCUCCGAUCAUCUGGACACUCCAUACAGGGCGUCAGCUCUUAUCUCCUCCAUGGCAGCUGUGAGGCAGAACCUGCUCUAUAAAUAUGGGAAACCAUUGCGACUGACUUUGCAAGCAUGUGAUGUGAAGGGAAAAGAAGAUAAAUCAGGGCCUGAAAACCUCCUUGUAGAGCCAUGGACUGGGGAUGGUUUUCUUACUGAGACUGGGAAGACCAGAGCAAGCAUCAUUCUCUCUACUGGAACUGAAUCUUCAUUUCAAGUGACACAGAUAAGGAUAAAGGUUCGCAGGGGAGCCAUUGGGGCUCAGUGUGGGCUGGUGUUUGCCUACAGCAGUGCUUCAGACAAGUUCCACGCAGAGGAGCACUUCAGGAGGUUUGAAAGCUAUGACCGAUGGAAGCUGAGGGAGUUCAGACAGUUCCUGAAAACCAGAAGCAGCUGUUCCUGUGAUGAUCUGGGAGAAGAUGACCCUAUUGGCUGGUUUGAAGUGGAAGAAGAAUGGGAUGAAGUUGACGUCAAAAUGCAGCAGUGCAGAGUUUCCCAAUACCUGAUGGUCAAGUUCCUGUGCACCAGACAAGAGGCAGCAGAGCGCCUGGGUGUGCAGGGCCUCAGCGUCCUGGGCUACCUGCGGCCCCCGCGCGGCCAGCCCAGCAGGAGCAUGACCUGCUUGCAGUGUCCAAAACCUGAUGGUGAUACAGUUUGUGGCACGACUCUUCUCCUGAAGACACUUCAUUUCAUCCAGCAGCUGGCACAGGACCUGGUGCAGCAGAAGGAGAGUGGAUUCAAGUACAAGUCCUUUUUAGAUUUCACAGGCCUGGAUUUGCAGCUCUUCUGGAAUUUCUACAGCAAGCUUCACCAGAAUCCAAGGGAGGAAUGUGUCUUUGCUCAAACACUGCUGCUGCAGCUUCUCCAGAGCUGCUUCUCUGUACUUACUGGAGAUGAUAAAACUGCUAAACCUCAAGAAAUAGCUCAGAGCACAACAUCUGGGCACACAGAAGCUGCAGAAGAGCUUUAUAGACAUCUGUGUGAAGUGGUGGAUAUGGGGGACAGUAACUUUAUGCCAAUGAAAAUGCUGAAGGAAGAAGUUAAGAACACCUUACUCAGUGGAGCAGCAGUCUUCUUCCCAGACAGACAGACCAGGAGACACCAGCUCUUCACCAUGAUGAAGAACAUCACAGAGCAGGAACAUAAGCAGUCUGUCCACCUUGCCUUCAGAUCCUUGUGUUCCCACUUCAGUGAUCAAGAUCCAGGGGGACUCUUGUUGUUACCAGAGAAAGGAGUUUCGGCAACCUUUGACAUAAGCGAAGUGCUGUCAGUCAUGGACACCCUUCUGCUGGUGGCAGCCAGAGAGUGUGAAAUGAUGAUGCUGGAUGUUGCACAGCAAGAGAGUGGCACAGUCUUGUCUUCCUUAUUCUGGUCUGUUCAGGGUAGCCUCCUUUCAUGGUGCUACCUGCAACUCAAGGGCAAUGAUAACUCAGCCAAGGAUCUUGCAGCAGAAAUACUUAAGAACUAUGUGGGCCAGUUCCUGUCCAAUGUCAGAACGAUUUUGCAGUCACUUUUAUCUCAAUAUAGUGGCAAAACAAUAGUAGAAAAAAUCAGCAACUCUGUCUUUGCCAUGGCCACUCGUCAGCUGGUCAUCUUCUUGUUGGAUUUCUGCACUUUAGACAUUCCAUACUGUACUCUGCUCCAGGGAUUCAGCACUUUGAUAGAACCACUGAAAAGCCUUUGUGGUGAGCCUCACAAGCUGGAGAUGGAGAGCUGGCAGCAGGAGCAGCCUGUGGUGCUGCGAACGUGGACGAUGGAAUCGCCUCAUAACUAUGAGAAUAAUUGCCAUGAGGUCUCAGUCUUCCUGUGUCAUGGGGCAACUUACUUUGAGGUGGAGUUUGAUGAGAAAUGUGAAACGGAGCGCAGGUAUGAUUACCUGGAGUUCACUGAUGCCAGAGGUGCAAAAACUCGUUACGAUACAAAGGUUGGCACUGAGAAGUGGCCUAAGAAAGUGACCUUUAAGGCUGGCCCACGGCUGCAGUUUCUCUUUCACUCUGACAGCAGCAAUAAUGAGUGGGGCUACAAGUUCUGCGUCACUGCCUACGGCCUGCCGGACGUGGCCGUGUCCUGGGGCCUGGACCUGCAGCUGCUGGUGUCGCGGCUGCUGGGGCGCCUGGCGUCCCGCAGCAUGGCGCCGCGCGCCCUGCGAGAUCUAGGUGGUGAAGCAGAGCUGCCUCCUUUGAAAGUGACAGCAGUUCUUAAUUCUCCUCUGUGGAAACCUGUCUUCAGGCAUCAGAUGUGUCCUGAGGCACUGCCAGGGGCCAGGCAAAGCAGUAAACUGCUCCAGGAUAAAGCAGAGGCCAGGAGCCCUCUCCCAGACGACUGCCGUCACUUUCUUAUCGACUUUGCAAAAUCAGAUCCUGCCCAGGACUUCAGUGGGCAAAAAUCUGAACUUUUCAAAGGACUUACACAGGCAUGUAAAAAACAGACCCCAAAGACAGAUAUAGUUGCUGGUUCUACUGUUGAUCAAGCUGUGAACUCCACAUUUGCUGCUUUGGUGUAUCUCACUCCAGAGUUAUAUGAGAAGCUUCAAAAAUAUGUCAACAGUGGAGGCAAAGUGCCUUUGAGUGAUGACUUUGCACAAGUGUAUUCCCUGGCUGAUUCCCUUAGAAUCUGGAUGUUGGAAAUGAAGCAGAAAUCCCUGAUGAGCAGAGACAGUGACACUGAGGAGAAGCAGAAUGCAGAAGCAAGCGAGGUGAACCCAGAAACUCUUGCAAAACUUUGCAUGCAGAAGAGCCUUUUGUUGCUGAAUUUUUUGCCUGUAAGAGCAAAGACGAAAGAUUCUGCCCCAGACAGUUUGGGAGCCCAAGAUACUGAUGACAUCCAAAAGGAUGCCACUGAGAAGUGCCAAAGGAAAGGGUCCCUUGUGGACACAGACUUCCAGGCAGCACACUCAGUGCCUUCCAGCGGGGGCACUCAUCCUGUUUCAAAAGAGGGCAGCCAAAUGACACACUCUGACAUGAAGAUAAAACAAGUUCCAGACCCUCUCCCAACAGAGGAAGCUGUUCAUAGCAAGCCUGUGGAGCAUGCAGCUUCACAGCAGGAAGAUGUGGCGUCACCUCCUUCCACCCCCACACGAAAAUCUCAGCUCAGCCGUGGAAGACUGAGGCUGCUGUCCUUUAGAUCCAUGGAGGAGCCCAGAGCUCUUCCCACUGUGAAGGAGAAAUAUCCUAUGCUGAAGAGCAUCUUGGACUUCAUUAAGGAUCAGUCCCUCUCACAUGAAAGUGUUUUAAGGGUUCUUGCUUUGAGAAGAUCCCAAGGGCAGAGUAUUCUGGAAGUGCUCAGGACAACUCGCCGGUGCCUAGGCUCGCUGGGACAGCCCCACUGUUUCCAUCCACCCUGUGUGCUUUUCCUUCUGGAGCUUCUUGCCUGUCAGAAAGAUUUUACAAACUACUUUGGAAACCUGGAAGGCUGUGGGGCUGAGCUACACAAAGAGAUUCGAGAGUGCUACUACCAGCUGGUUUUGUUCCUGGUGAACUCUGUGAAGGGAUUUAGUGCUAUAAAUGACAGAUCUCUGCUUCCAGCCUUAUCAUGUGUGCAGACAGCUCUACUUCACCUCUUGGAUAUGAGUUGGGAGCCGAGUGAUCUUUCCUUCUUUGUUGAGAUUCAGUUACCACAUCUCCUCAUGGCUACCUCACAAGAGAACAUCAGUACUCAUGACAGUGUCAUCUGUCAAUGGAGUGAAGAAGAUGAAAUUGCUGACUACAAGCAAAACUGUGAAUGGAUGGAUGAAUGUCAGGAUGUGAUGUUUGAGACCUGGUAUGAAAAGAUCGCUCAAGCUGACCCGGAGAAGCAGAGAAAGAUGCACAUGUUUGUUGCUCGGUACUGUGACCUGCUGAACGUGGACAUCUCCUGUGAUGGCUGUGAUGAGAUUGCGCCGUGGCACCGCUACCGCUGCCUGCAGUGCAACGACAUGGAUCUGUGUAAAACUUGCUUCCUUGGUGGGGUUAAACCUGAAGGCCACGAGGAUGACCAUGAAAUGGUUAACAUGGAGUAUGCCUGUGACCACUGCCAAGGAGUUAUCAUAGGCCGGAGGAUGAACUGCAAUGUGUGCGAUGACUUCGACCUCUGCUAUGGAUGCUACUCUGCAAAGAAAUACUCUGACAGCCACCUGCCUACGCACAGCAUCACAGUGUACCCCAUGGUGACCAUCCGCAUCAGUGACCGGCAGCGCCUCAUCCAGCCCUACCUGCACAACUACUCCUGGCUGCUCUUCGCGGCCCUCACCCUCUACAGCGCGGACCUGGCCGCCGGGGAGCAGGCAGACGGAGAGAGGCUGCAGCCGCAGCUCCUCGCCCACGCCAGAGUUCUGCAGCACCAGUGCAUACAGCUCAUUGGAGACUGCCUGAUGAAAGCACAGCAUGGAAAAGGUGUGAAGAAUUUAGCUCUCCUCUGCAUGCUACCAGAAAGUGAAUCCUUCUCUGACAAUGACACUGUUUCAGUCAGUCCUCCCACAGACGCUGCUCCAAAAAGUCCUGCUGGUGAUAAAGCAGUGAAGGGGAAAGAGGAGAAACCCAGCACAGGCUCUUUGCUGUGUUGCAGUAUGAGAGGAGAUACUCAAAUUGAAAUCCAGUCUCCUGCAGGAGAUAAAGUAGAAAAACAAGGAAGUGAAAGCAAAGCUGUCUGUGCAAAGAAAGCUGCUCUGAGCCCAGAGUCAGACAUAGCUGUGGCUGCUGCUGCUGCUCCAACAGCAGAUGACUGCCUCUCUGAGGAUUCCACCCAGAAGCAAGCAGAGAAGCUUUUACUACCUAGCCAAGAACAAGUUUUUGCUGAGUGCUCUCAGAAGAGGAUCCUGGGACUCCUGGCAGCUAUGUUACCACCUUUCAAAUCGGGCUCUACAAUGUCGUUGAUCAACCUGGAACAGAUCCUUCCACUGAUGUUCCAGGUGGUCAUCUCAAAUGCUGGCCACCUAAAUGAGACUUACCAUUUAACACUGGGCCUGCUGGGCCAGCUCAUCCUGCGCCUGAAGCCUGCAGAAGUGGAUGCUGCAGUGGCUGAAGUCCUCUCAGCCAAGCAUAAUCUCUUUGCUGCGGGAGAUGGAUCUGCACUGCCAGAGGGCUGGAAAACAACUCACCUUCUGUUCAGCCUGGGGGCUGUGUGUUUGGACAGCCGGGUGGGCCUGGACUGGGCCAGCUCCAUGGCAGACAUCCUGCGGGCGCUGAACGCCUGCGCACAGUGGCACGAGGUGAUCGCCGCCUUCACCGAGCACUGCGUCCAGCAGCUGCCCUUCCAGCUGAAGCACACCAACAUCUUCACCCUGCUGGUGCUGGUGGGCUUUCCUGAGGUGCUGUGCAUGGGGACGCGCUCCGUGUACGUGGACAACGCCAACGAGCCGCACAGCGUCAUCAUCCUCAAGCACUUCACUGAGAAGAACAGGGCAGUGGUGGUGGACAUCAAAACCAGAAAGAGAAAAACAGUGAAGGACUAUCAGUUGAUUCAGAAGUGUGGCCAGGAAGGCAGUGAUCCCCAGACUCAGCUCAGACAAUACCUCCAGCACUUUGUUCUUAUAUCCACGCACCUUCUGCAGACCACCAUCGACAGCAGCUACGCUGAGGCUGUGGAAGCCACCUGGGUCUUGUCACUGGCUCUAAAAGGGCUUUACAGAACACUUAAGAUUCAUGGCUUUAAGGAGGUCCAAGCUGCCUUUCUUCAGUCUGGUUUACUCAAGCUUCUAGUCAAGAAAUGUAGCAAAGGAACUGGCUUCAGCAAGACCUGGCUUCUGAGAGACCUGGAGAUCUUGUCAAUCAUGUUGUAUUCCUCAAAGAAAGAGAUCAGCUCCCUGGCUGAACGUGAGGAGACUGAGCUGGAAGAAAGAGAUCAAGAUCAAGAUGUGGAGCAACCUGUUAUUGGUCCUGUUGAUACAGAGCAGAACAAACUUGAUCCUCUUGAGGGUUUGGAUGAAGCAACCAAAAUAUGCUUCUUGAUGACACACGAUGCACUGAAUGCACCUCUCCACAUCCUCAGAGCCAUGUAUGAGCUGCAGAUGAAGAGGACAGAUUCCUUUUUCCUGGAAGUGCAAAAGAGGUUUGAUGGAGAUGUGAUCACAACAGACGAGAGGAUCCGGACACUGGCUCAGAAAUGGCAGCCCAGCAAGCGCCUGAGGCUGGAGGAGCAGAGCUCAAAAGCUGUGGACACAGAUAUGAUCAUCCUGCCAUGUCUGUCAAAGCCUGUGCUCUGUGACAAAGCCACAGAAGAAAGCAACCCAGUGGCCCAGAAGCUGAUAACCAACACGGAGAGCGACCUGCAGCUCAGCUAUGCCAAGCAGCGCCGCACCAAGAGCUCCAUCCUGCUGCACAAGGAGCUGGACUCCAGGAGCAAAAAGGCUGUCAGGGACUACCUGUAUCGUGUCAAUGAGGCCACUGCUGUGCUCUAUGCCAGGCAUGUGCUGGCAUCCUUGUUGGCUGAGUGGCCAGAUGAUGUGGCAAUCAGUGAAGAAAUCCUGGAUCUUAGUGGCCCAGCCCACAUGACAUACAUCCUCGACAUGCUUAUGCAGCUGGAGGAAAAGCAGCUGUGGGAAAAAAUUCUACAGAAAGUCCUGCAUGGGUGCAGUGAGGGCAUGCUGGGGACAAUGGCACUGACAGCCUGCCAGUUCAUGGAGGAGCCAGGCAUGGCCGUGCAGAUGCGUGAAUCCAAGCACCCCUACAACAACAACACCAACUUCGAGGACAAAGUUCACAUUCCAGGUGCUAUCUACCUCUCAAUCAAGUUUGACUCUCAGUGUAACACAGAGGAAGGCUGUGAUGAGCUGCUGAUGGCCAGCAGCAGUGACUUCCAGCAGGAUCGGCACAGCUUCAGUGGCUCACCACAGAAGUGGAAUGACUUUGAGCUGCCAGGAGACACUCUCUAUUACAGGUUCACUUCUGACAUGAGUAACACCGAGUGGGGUUACAAGUUUACAGUGACUGCGGGACAUCUGGGGAGGUUCCAGACAGGGUUUGAAAUUCUGAAGCAGAUGCUGUCUGAGGAAAGGGUUGUUCCUCACCUCCCCCUGGCCAGAAUCUGGGAGUGGCAGGUGGGGGUAGCCUGCCGCCAGACCGGCCACCAGCGGCUGAAGGCCAUCCAUUUGCUCUUGAAGAUAGUGCAGUGCAGCACCCAGAGGGACUGUGACCUCACCUUGUUGAAGCCACUUUGGCAGCUUUUCACCCAUAUGGAAAACAACUUGUGUCACGACAUGGCCAAGCCUGGCAUUCUCCUUCCUCUCCAUCGUGCGCUGGCAGAGCUCUUCUUCGUGACAGAAAACAGAGUUGCCGAGCUUGGAACUCUACAGGAGUAUUUGCUUGCCUUAAAUACUGAAGAUCAUCUUCAUCGCUGUACAGCACAGGCCCUGAGGAACAUUGCUGCUAUCAGCCUUGCCAUUAACUACCCCAACAAAUCAACAGCUUUCUGGAAUGUCUAAUACUGGCUCAGGCCGGAGUGCAUGGGAUAGAGUAGUUUGUCCAUAGGAACCUCAGAACAAACAUCUUAACUCCCUUCAGCAUCAUGAGCACUCUGCAGCCUUCCUUCCUUCCACCUUGAUGUAGAAUUUAUACCACUCAAAGCUCACUUCAGUGAAAAAAGCACAUCCUGAAGCAGCUCACUUGUCGCCUACAGUCAUGUGUACACUAUUGUAGCAUGUUAGAGUAAAUAGCAAGAGUUUCUUUUGUAUCCAGAGGAAGUAAACUCCAGAAGGUAGCUGGAGGGUGAGGAUGGAAGGCCCCCAGCGUUGCUGUCAGCUGUUCCCCAGCAAACUUUGGUUGAUGGAAUGUGACAGCUUGGAAAGUGCUGCUGGACUCGGAGCGAUGCCAUCAGCAGCAUCUCCAAGGUGUCACUGGAGUGGAACAGGCCAAGCAGAGCUGCUGGGCUGAGGCAGAAGUGGGCCACACUUCAGUCCUGGCAUAUUGCUUUUGCUUUUGAAGGCUGCUACCCAAGAGAAAGAACUUGAGUCCUUACCAAGCUACAGGUUAUAAACCAAAUGCCAGUUAAAGGAUUCCAGUUUCAGAGCAUCCUCGUGCAAGAUGUUCCUCCUGUUCUCUGAUCCCAUCAGCUGGAGCAUCUUUUCUGACCUUUCUUUAUCUCCAAUGUGUUGUUCUAGAGAGUCCAUUAGGGCAGAGGGCUUCCCUUCAUGGAGCAGGGCUGAUGGGAAGAGCUGAGGAAUUUCCAUGCUUCUUGAAUACAUCUUGACAAGAAAUGAUCCAUGAAGCCUUUCUUUUCCUUUGAAUUACUUCAACACCAGCUCUUGGCAGUGCUGAGAACCUGGAGUCCCAGCAUUCAGCAUGGGGGUUAAUGCUCAGUCCAGCCUGAUCUGAGAGAGCAAUACCAAUGCUCCUCUGAGUGAGCAGGGAAUGGUUGCAGCCCUGUGCUGAAGUCAGUUGGCUUUCUUCCUGCUCAGCUGCACUGGGGCUUCCCUUUCAAAGAGUUCAGAAGAACCUGGAAGGAUUUGGGGGUGCAUUUUGUAUGCAUGCAGGGUGGAGAGCUGGGCCUGUCCACUACGAGUUUGAAUGCUCAUUAUUUUCUCCUUCCCUUGCUCACCCUGGCAUUAAGAUACAAAAAAGGCUCCCAGGAGCCUGAGUAGUGUGAACACAGUGGCUCUGUCAGGAGGGAAUGUGCUUGCUGACCUCUCGUGGUCC